AUGGAAUCUAUCUAUCAGGUAUGCGCGACUGUUGCUUAUUGCGUUGGGCUUGGAUCGACAACUGCACCAGCUGUAUAUCUACGAGAUUUCAUCGGGCCACUAACGGUUUUCGUCAGUAUGAACUUCGGUGCUUAUCUUUUCGGUGGACUGAUUGCUCUCACGGACUUGCUGUGUUUGAACGAGGCUCAAUCCUUGCAGCAACCACAAGUGACCGAAAACAGCCAAGGUGCCGAAGAGAAAUAA